GUCAAUGGUCAAAAACGGCAUUUUGUGUUUGGCGUUUCGGCUUAUUUUUUUUCGGAAAUGGCCGAAUAUUUGGCUUCAAUUUUUGGUACAGAAAAGGACAAGGUAAAUUGCUCCUUUUAUUUCAAGAUAGGGGCUUGCAGACACGGUGAUCGUUGUUCCAGAAUACACAACAAACCGACGUUUUCUCAAACAUGUUUAUUACAAAAUUUGUAUGUAAACCCACAGAAUUCAGCAAAAUCAGCCGAUGGCAGUCAUUUGGUAGCAAAUGUAUCGGACGAAGAAAUGCAGGAGCAUUACGAUAACUUUUUCGAAGACGUGUUCGUCGAGUGUGAAGAUAAAUAUGGUGAAAUCGAAGAAAUGAAUGUGUGCGACAAUUUGGGAGAUCACCUAGUCGGCAAUGUGUAUAUAAAGUUUCGUAGAGAAGAAGAUGCAGAACGUGCUGUAAAUGACUUGAAUAACCGUUGGUUCGGUGGACGGCCGGUAUACGCAGAAUUAAGUCCGGUGACUGACUUCAGGGAGGCCUGUUGCAGGCAGUAUGAGAUGGGGGAGUGUACUCGUUCAGGUUUUUGCAACUUCAUGCACCUCAAACCUAUUUCCAGGGAACUGAGAAGGUAUUUGUACUCGCGUAGGAAAGGGGGCCGCAGUGGGAAUCAUAUUGGCGGUGGAAGGGCACGUACACGAUCUCGGUCUCCUAAAAGGGGACGGUCUCGUUCCAGGGACAGGAAGGGGUCACGAUCGCCCAAACAUCGAUCCGGUCGCAGCGGUCGCUACUGAUAAAAAUGUAUUGGUAGUAAAACGCAAAAGAUUUAUGUUUUUUUAUUUUUUUCACCUUAAGGUUUAGUAAUGUAAAGAGAAUGAGGAAUAGGGAACAAUUUUUAAUUAAUAAAGCAUGUAAUGAACGAUAUUUGUUUAGAAAAAUGUAUUUCAGGAUGAUCUAAGUUUUCUUAAAUAACAACAUUAAAAAAAAAACAUUAGUAAUGGAUAUGCCUUCAACUUAUAUAAUCGGUACGUUUUAAACUGAGGAUUAUUCAACAGAAUGCUUUGGUGAAUAUUUUUGAUUUCAUGGUAUUGUUUACUUUUUUUUUGUACAGAAUUCCUGAAACGGUGGUAUUUUUCAGCAGUUUCUGAUAUUUUUCAUGAACGUUAGUGUUUCCCUCAAAUAAAAGUAGAACUUCCUAGUUUAUAUGUAACGUUUUUUGAUUGUGACCUUAAUAAAUUUUUUUAUAGCA